AUGACUAGGUUGAAGAUGCCGGGAGCUCGUGGUGACUAUUGGAGUACCAAUAACUAUGACAUUGAAGCCCUCGACGAAUUUUGUACGACUCUGGGAGCCAUGAACCAAAUCAUGAAAGAGUCAAUGCCAGCCCUAUCUACCCCUGCAGAGCAAAGUGAUGGUAAUCUGAUAGAGAAGUUUAAGAGCCUGGAAUCCCCAAUUUUCUUAAGGGAAGGAGGUGUAGAGAAAGCAGAGAGAUUACUAAUGCAACCUUCGAUCCAGCAGGCCUGGGAGGAGGAAGAGAAAGAACCUACUUGGGAUGGAUUUCUAGAGGUCUUCAACAAAAAGUACUUCCCUGAAUCGGUAAAGGAAAGGAAGGAGGUUGAAUUCAUAGAGUUACAACAAGGGAAUUUGACCAUUGAUCAGUAUGUGGCAAAAUUUUUGGAAUUAUCCCGAUACGCCCCACAUAUCAUCAACACGGAGGCUAGGAAGGCAAGCAAGUUUGAGAGAGGUUUACAGCCCGAUAUCAAAGGGAGAGUUUUAUCGAUCAAUCUUAAGGCCUUCUCUCAAUUGGUGGACUUGGCUAGGAAGGUGAAAAAUGACUGUGAUGAAUAUCGAUUGAGGAAAGAGAAGCGAAGAACAUGGCCUACGCCCUCUGAGGGUCCACGAGAAAAGGAAAGUCGGAGGAAUAACAAGACCCAAAAGACCUCCAAGGGUGAUGUCAAGCAGAGCUUUCUCAUGUAUUGCACCUCUUGCGGGAAGCAAGGCCAUGUGGCUUCCAAGUUCUAA